AUGGCUUUGCCCAGUGAGGCCGAUCAGAGAGCCGAAGUUGCGAAGAUGGAUUCCGACUUGCAAUAUGUGCUUCAAGAAGCUAGUGCGUCACUAGCAAGACAGUAUCAGGUUGCGCGGCUCCAUCAGAGUCGCAGGCGAUUCCAGGCGAUCGCAGACAAUCGCGAAGGCGCCAGGGCAGCUGCCCGUGACUUCGGGAUUAAUCCCGAUACCGCAGCGGGACGUGUUGAAGUUGCUGCUAUAGUGGCAGCGUGGGAACUUGUGAAGGAGUAUGCGAGUAAAGAAAUUGAACUUCGUGCGGAGGCGAAAGUUUUAGGCCAUAAAAGGAUUUUGCAAGUGCAGGAACGCCAAGCCAUGUUGAGAGCUGUGGCAGAUGCCUAUGGGAAGAUGAAUGAAAGCGAGACGCCUAGUGCAGAGUACUUGGCGACCAAGGCCGAAGAGUGCGAGAGCAAUGAGCCCCUCGCAAAUUCACUUGACCGAAUCUCUUCGAAGAAAGACUCGCAAGUAGGGAGCCUCCAGACCAGCACUGACCCCACUGGGCAUGUUCGUGUGACGAAGACGAUGCAGAAGUUGGAAAUGCCGCAUCACUCCGAGGGCUACGGUCGCUUGAUGAAGGUGGAGGCCCAUGCCUGGCUCUGCAUGAGUGCCCGAUUUAAGGCGAAAGCAUGGUUGCAAGGGCUUCAGCUUGAAGAUUUUACAAGGUUUGUAGAAUACAUCUUGGGAGACCGUGUUGGCAACUUGAAGUUGCCUACUGCUUCAGGGCAGGAGACGCAGUUCAAUCGGCCACCUUGGAACAUCGUCUUGAGUUAUGAAUACAAGUUGAGGGUUGAAGCCUUCAAGAUGAUCCUGGAGGGAACCGCUACCAUGUCGGAGGCGCUUCGGGCCGUGCGUGAGGACCCGUCUUUGAAAGAGGCCUACUUCACGACGCCUCUGGCACUGCACACAGCCGGCACGCCGAAUAAGUUUCGGAAGGGCAAGCAUCAAGGGAAGGAUAAGACACCAGGGCAAGAGAUACCGCCGCCGCCUGCGCCGCAUCAGAACGGACGUGGAACAGGGAAAGGCAAAGGCAAAAAGGGCAAGGGCCAGGUUGUCUUAGCUAACGGGAAACAGCUUGCUCUUGUGUCAGCGACACCUGAUGGUCGCCAGUUGUGCUAUGCCUACAACCACCAAGGCUGCACCGAUCCGAAGUGCACCCGUGUUCAUGCAUGUCGUGUGGCCGGGUGUUUCGCCGAGCACCCAGCCUCGCAGCACGAAGCUGCGACCACAGGCAAGGUAGUGCACGUCUUCGCAGAUCAUGCUGAGCGCUUUGAUUGGAAACCACAUCUCAGCAGCUGCGUGUCACAGCCAGAAUUCUUUGCGUGUGAAUUUGAUGCUGACAACAUGUUUUGUGGUGAUUCUUGGGAUCAGUUGUUUACACUUGCGAAGCAACCGCAAACCGUGAUCUUGAUUUCGCCGCCUUAUGAUACUUUUAGCCGGGCGAGGCAUAAGCGACCUGGGCCCCCACCGCUCCGCAGUGAUAAGUGGCCCAGAGGAUUCGUCCAUGCAGAAAGUGGCAUAUGCCAAUCAUUUUAUCGACCAGUUCUCGUGGCCGAGGCUGGCAACUUCUUCAUUUGGGAGGCGCCGGAACACUUGGGCCGCACUGCAGAUGGCGUUGUGCCGAGCUCCAUUUGGGCUUGGCCUGAACUACUUGACUGCAUUCCGCGUUUUGCUUCCACGACCUUUGUGCAUUACUUGUGUGAGUUCGGGGCCGACAUGGCCAAACCUACACGUUACUUGAGCAAUCUGACCUUCUUUCGUCAUUCGCCGCGGCCUUUGACCGGGCUGCCAGUGUUGGAUGCAGAUCAGCGCUACGUUGGGCCGCUGCCCGCGUCGUGCCCUCAUGGGGGUCAUGCUACUAGCACCGGCAAAUCACAGACCACACAACAGUGGAACUUGCCACGGGCCCGAGGCUGGCCCGCUCAGCUGUGUCAAUUCAUGGCAGCAGCCAUCGACUUCUCGCUGCAAGCAGAUGGGGAGUGCAAAUCCUCUAAGUCCAAGGUUCCGGAUGCGAUGGUUAAGUCCCCUAAAGUGCACAAUUCGUGCCCUGAGGAUCCACACUUGUCCGGCGUUUCAGGUUCCUUAGUGACUGACUCGUCCCCGCCUUCGGCGGUUCCUUCUUCCCGUUCAGGUUGUAGUUCCCUUGCGUUUCCCUUGAAAUCCUUGGGCGAUCCCGAGAGUGCUGCAGCGGAGCUCCUGGCGGUACCAGGGCCGCUAGAACGUCGCCGUGUGUUAGAGCUGUUCGACAUGCUGCCCCGGGUGGAGCCACCUAGGGAGUCGACCACAGCUGCACCGGGCAGUGCUUUCGCAACGGGAGCGUAUUGCAAGGGUGGUUUAGUCGGUUUGAGGCAUCAUUCCACUGCGCUGCCUAAGGCUACCCAGGUCCUAACAAGGUACUUGCAACAGGUUGCACCAGGCUUUCAAGCCUCCGCUAUCGCACUCUUCGACGACGUCAGGACGGGUGUCCACCGUGAUGCCCGGAAUGCACAUUAUCCGAACAUGGUAUUGCUUUUGUCGGAUUUUGAAGGCGGCCAAAUCUGGUUGGAACAGCAAGGGGGCGAUAUAUGGGAGGCCACGCCCGAUGGGCAGAGACCUGGCGUCCUCUUGGAUGUUUGCAAGGGUCCGGUGAGCUUCGAUGCAUGGCGAUUGUACCAUGCUACGCGAUCGUGGAAGGGACGUCGGGUGGUGAUGGUUGCAUACGUGACUGAUAAGCUUGGCACGGUUAAGGCUUCGGACCUCGCCCACCUUAAGGCUUUGGGGUUUAGGCUCCCCCCAGACUUGGAUGCGUCAAAUGGUGAGACUUCAGAAGCUGUGGGCACUGCCGAGGGCCCAAGCACAGGAGACACAGAGCCACCGGUGGCAUUCAGGCCAGAGGCGUGUGGGAACCGAGGCAACCCUGUCCGAGUCGAGUGGGAAGGACAGGAGGCCGACUUGACAGACGGGUUCGGGUUGUGUUCACCGGCGCGGUGGAGGCCUAUGGACCGCGGGCAUCGCCGAGGCCCAGCGGCUACUGCGCACGCGCAAUCUAUGUACCGGAUGCUCACGAACUUCAUUGCCGAGCAUGUGCCAGAUCCCCGUCGCUUCUGCUUGAGCCUACUUUCAGGCAAGGUCGAGUCAUCACCAUUCGCCGGAGAGAAGUUGGAAGCACUGCGUAAGCAGUGGGCAGCGUUGCUUGGUGCGGAAGGCAACCCAGACGUGCUUGAGGUCCCAGAUGCACAGCCCUUCCUGCUGAGAGCACUGUCGCUUUCUGCCGAAAGACUUGAGGAUCCCGACUGGGAAAUAUUAACAAAGGGAGCUCGGCGCGAGGAGUACAGUGAAGACAUGAUCCGCGUGGCCUCCAUGGGGGCCAUCCCCAAACCUGAUGGCAGUGUGCGGCCAUUACAUGAUGGAACACACGGCGUCAAUGUCAACAAUCAGAUACGCUUGGUGAAUCAGAUUGCAGUACCCGGGCCGGCGGAAAUGUCAUUUUCAGUUCGUCAAUCAGGUGCUAUGCAGGAAAUCCCCUUGGCCGCGACCGCAGACGUGAGUGUGGCACAUAGGUUGGUUUUGCAUCGGAAGGGCGACUGGGCCUUGAUGGCAUGCAGAGCGGAGCAAGGCUCCGCCACGAUUUGGAUUAAUAAGGUAGGAACGUUCGGGCUUAGCCCGGCCUCGUUUUGGUGGAGCAGGCUUUACGGAAUCAUAGGCAGAGUUGUCGCCCGUUGCCUACUGCAGCAUGCCUUUUACCACUUCGCUUACGUGGACGACGUGCAUCCCACUUUCUAUGGGAAGCGGAUGUGCAUCAAUUUCUUGGUUUGGUUGAUCCUUCAAGAAAUGAUAGGGGCUACGAGCUUGACUACGGUGCACGACUUGGUGGGGCUCAGCGAAGCCCGGGGUGCUUGGGUGUGCAGCUGGGUUGACGAGGCGCGUAAGGCGCGCUACGUUGUUUCAGUAAGGAAGUUUGCGGAGUUCCUCGGGCGACUGGGUUUCGUGUCCAGAGUCGUGUACUGGAUCAAACCACACUUGGCCCCCUUGUACGCUUGGUCAGCUGCAGCUUCGAAGAGCCACGUAGCAAAAAUGCCGGACACCGUCAUCCUGACCUUGCUCUACUUGGAGGCAACGCUUAAGGACAUUAACUUCAAAGUGGCACCGGGCCGACAACGCGAGGAGCAAGGGCAUCUUUUUCACACGGAUGCUAAAUGCGAUGAUGGCUAUGUUGUCUUAGGAGGUUGGGACUCUAGCGAGGACCUGUCGGUUGCCCCUUGGUUCUCUAUAGUGGUUAAGCCUGCUGAUGCGCCGUACCUUUUCGACGAAGGGGGAAAAUCACAAUGGGCGUCGGCUUCAGCCGAGCUGUUGGCCACCUUGGCAGCACUGUGGUUCUUUGGGCACCUCAAGGAGAGUAGUUCGCAGAGGCGACUCCCGGUCGCCAUUGCCGGGGCCACUGACAAUCAGAGCAACGAGAAGCUUCUUAUAAAGCAGUCCACAACCAAGUGGCCACUCAUGCUUAUCAAUAUGCAGCUCUCUCACCUUUUAAGGAAGGCAUGUUUGAGGCUCAGCUUGACUUGGAAACCACGCGAUGAAAACAAGUUGGCAGAUGCUUUGACGAAUCAGGAUUUCAGUUCUUUCAGUCCCGAACACCGCUUGAAUGUCAGUUUCAGUGAGCUAACGCUUGAGCUCCUGAAUCAGUUGUGGUUGUCGAAGUCUAACUUCGAUGCGUCUCGUAGGGCGCUGCAGUCUGCAAGCAGUUUUCAGUCUCGUAUUUCGAACAGGAAGCACGAUAGCAUCUUGGUGACUCAGGGAGAAGGGGGCAAGGCUUCGCGCACCAGAAGUGCUAUGCCUUCCCUCCGACGAGGGGACAUCCACCACCAUCCGGAUUAA